AAAAUGUACGUUAUAGCCGCCCCUUCCGGCCAUGUGACUUGUUGGAUUGUUUGGGGCCGCGCGACAUUCAGUGUUGGCGGGUAUCUGUGACUGCGAGCCUGCUGUAGAGCCUCUCAGUUGACCACAGACAUACUUUACCGCUCCAGAUACUUAUUAUCAAGAAAAUGUCUGACUGGACCAGAGGCAGACGACGUGAUGCUUACAACAGCGAACAUGAAAAUAGGACCUACGGCCCAUCUCGGUGGUCCCACUGCAGGAAGAGAGGGAUCGAUGGAAGCCUGCGAGCCACCAGAGAGACAGAUGGUAGUGAUAGGGAAAACGGUGGCCGCACUGACGGCAGCUACAGCCAGUCUGACAACAGACAUGCCAGUUUCACCACUCCAGAGAGCACAGGCCCGGUGUCUCGCUGUGGUAGACAGGCUGACUGGGGCAGCCAGGUGGAUGAUGAUGAGAUGAGGAGGGAUGUACACAGAGACAUGCAGCGUUACAGGAGGAGGAUAUUGGGUGCAGAGGUGACCCAGAGGGAGAGAAAGACCUCCUCUGGCUCUUCUGGGAGCUGUGACUCCAGAGAGGGAGAAAACAUGGAGACAGAUGAGGCUGUGUUGCUACGGCGACAGAAACAGAUAAACUACGGCAAGAACACACUGGCCUACGACCGAUACAUCAAAGAAGUUCCAAAACACAUGCGUCAGCCGGGCGUUCACCCAAAGACUCCCAAUAAGUUCAGGAAGUACAGCCGUCGCUCCUGGGACCAGCAGAUCAAACUGUGGAAGGUCAAACUGCACGCCUGGGACCCCCCAACAGAGGACGGCCAAGACAAAGUCCUCGAUAACAUUGAGGAGCUGGGUCUCGAUGAUGUCAUGGACAUCGAGCUGGACUUCCCAACCUUGUCAGACUCCCAGGAUGCCCCAGCCUCUUUCACCACGCACAGCCUUUCGGCGGAGGGUGAAGACUGUUUGGGUACUCCAGUUAAAGUACAGAAGACAGAAACCACAGCAGAGCCAGACAUGGCGUAGCUCAUCGUUGGCCUUCUCCAAGAAAAUCCAACUUGUUCACACGCAUCUCUAAUUGUUCAGCCGUUUCCUCCCGACACAGCCCUCCGUGCUCCCGGCACCAGCUGCUCGAUCUGCUCGAAGCAGGGCUGCGUCUGUCUCAGCUGGUAGUAAUUAGUUCAGCACUGUAACAUAUUUAGUGUUCUUUCUCCAUUUAUACUAGUGCUUCUUAAUCCAUAGGUUGGGGCCGUUUACAAAUGACUACUCAGGGAGUCUUCUUCUAUGGCAAGAUUUUACAGUUGCAUGUUUAAUCAGGCUUCAGUCAGUUUAAAUGGUUUGGGAUUUGGUGUUCACGAUAACACUUGUAGCACUGAUCUGGGGCCCUGUAGGUGUCCAUUAUGUGUAAAUGUUAAAUCACAUCCUGCUUAUACUUGCUUAAUAAACAGAAACUGACUGAACUCAAAGGGAUCUCUAAAUAGCUUUAGCGGAGAUAGGCAAACCAAAGGCAAAGUAUUUUCCUUUUAAUGAUUCAUAUUGACAAGAUUUUUUUUUUCCCCAAGUAUGUAAAAUUUUAAGUACUGGAGAGCAGUGGGCUGUGAUUUGUUUUUACAUUGGUUGUUUUUUAAUACGAAUGUUACUGUUUCUUAUUGCUGUUUCCUUCAUGGUGAAGACUUUCAAAUAAAAAACCAAACAAA